GUCAUCACAUAGGACCAAAAAAAUCAUGAUGAUUAUGGUAUUUAGUUCUAUUAUCUUAAAAUACAUACUAGGAUAUCAUGAUGAUUAUGUUCUGUAUGCGUCAUGUGGUCAGUACCAUUGUUCACCAUUCUUCCAUGGUGUAACAAUUGUCCUAGAGAUACUCCCUGUAUUGACAAAUGAUGUGUUGUGAGGGUAGUAUGAGGUUGAUCGGGGGUAAGAUAAGAGGAUAUUUAAAUGGGGAUGAUUAAUGGGAUUAGUAAUAUAAUUUAUGUACGAAUUGAGUAGUAGGAAGGUCACAAUCCAUCCAGCCAGCCAAAGUGGUCCCUUUCUUGUAUUACUUGACAUCUUUGUUGAAGACAUGGAAUUUAAUAUCCAAGACAGCAGAGUGGAAAUUUAUUUACUAACAUAGUUCUUUCAGGAAACACUCCAACUGCAAUUGCUGGGAGCCUUCCUCUUUGCGUACCAUUGCAUUUAAUUAUAUGCCAUCCUCAUCUCCCUAGCCAUUUUCUAGCUUUGUCCUGGGACUUUGUCCUGAGACCCUGAGAGGAAUUCACUAGAAACACAUCAAUGGCAGAGGGUGUUGUGGCCUUGCUGAUACUGAAGCUUGGUUUGGCCUUGGGGAGAGAGACUUCAAUCUUAGGUGCAAAGAAGCUCUUCCAUGAAGCAACUGCUCUUUCACGGCUCUUCCAAGGAAUCCGCGAAGUCAAGGAGGAGCUGGAGGGCAUGCAAUCCUUUCUCCGAGGUGCCGAGCGGUUCAAGGACACGGAUGAAACCACUGCCAACUUCAUCAAGAAGAUCCGUGACCUCGCUUUCGAGAUCGAGGAUAUUGUCGAUGAGUUCACUUACAUGCUGGAGGAUAGAUCACAUGGAGGGUUGGCCUCCAAGAUCGUAAAGAGCAUCAGACAUAUCAAGGCAUGGCGUCAUCUCGCAUCCAAGCUGGAAUACAUCAAGCUCAAGAUAGAGAGUGCUGACAGGAGAAAGGUGACGUACGACAUGAGAGGAAUUUCAAGUGUAGCUGGCAACAUCGACGAUUGCUCGACAUCUUCAGGUAAUUUUGCAAGGGAAGAAGAUCUUGUCGGGAUUGGAAAGAAUGGGGAAUUGUUGACACAUUGGUUGAAAAACAAUUUGGAACAGCAAAGAAGCAUAAUUACUACAGUUUGGGGAAUGGGUGGAGUGGGCAAGACAACAUUGGUUGCUUAUGUUUACUAUGCUGUAAAGACAGAGUUUGAUGCAGCAGGGUGGGUAACUGUCUCUAAAAGUUACCUAAUUGAGGACUUACUGAAGCAGAUCAUCAGAGGAUUCAUCAACAAUGAUCCACAGGAGGACUUGUAUAACCACAUCGAUUUUUCUACCAUGAGAAUCACAAAUUUAAUUGAGCACAUCCGUAAUUAUCUGCAUGGUAAAAGGUAUGUCCUAAUUCUGGAUGAUGUUUGGGCUGUGGAUGUUUGGUUUAAGAUAAGAGCUGCCUUUCCUUCAGAUAGCACCGGUCGAUUUGUCAUUACAUCUAGGAUACAUGAAGUAGCACUGCUUGCGACAGGGAACUGUAUAAUUCAGUUAGAACCACUUGGACCACAACAUUCAUGGGAAUUAUUCUGCAAGGAAGCAUUCUGGAAAAAUGAAGAAAAAGUUUGCCCACCAGAACUUGAGAUUGUGGCUCAAAAGCUUUUGGACAGGUGUAGUGGCCUACCCAUUGCAAUUGCAUGUUUAGGUCGCCUGCUGUCGUUCAAAGAACCAAGCUAUGAUGUGUGGGAGAAUCUUUACAAGGAUGUGCAAUCACAGCUGACUAAUAAUGUGAUCCUUGACAUCAAUGUUGUUCUAAAAGUUAGCUUGGAAGAGCUUCCACAUGAUCUAAAGAACUGUUUUCUACACUGCACCAUGUUUCCAGAGGACUACUUGAUGCCAAGGAAGAGGCUAGUGAGGCAUUGGCUGACAGCAGGAUUCAUCAGAGAAACAAGCAACAAAACCAUGGAGGAAGUUGCAAACGACUAUCUGCAUAAACUCGUAAACCGAAGCCUAUUGCAAGUAGUAGAGAGGAAUCGAAAUGGAGAAGUGCAUACCUGUCGAAUGCAUGAUAUUAUCCGCAUUCUUGCUUUGGCAAAAUCAGAAGAGGAACAUUUUGGUAGAGUUUAUGAUGGCUCCAUGGCCUUUCUAGCAGAGGGUACGCGACGUUUAUCGUUCCAAAGUUCAAAUAUCAAUCAACUGUCUCGAUCAGGUGCACCUCAUCUACGCCACCUCUACGUCUUUGGGAGUUCUCUAAGUAUCGAUUCGUUGGCACCCUUUCUGAAAUCGCUCAAAUUGCUGUCAUCGUUGGAUUUGCAAGGGGUUAAUAUCAAGAGCCUGCCACAUGUGGUCUUCAACCUAUACAAUCUAAGAUUCUUAGGUCUUAGAGAUACUAACAUUGAAGUUAUUCCACGAUUGAUUGGAAGACUUCGACACUUGGAAGUCCUAGAUGCUCGCUACACUAAACUGAUGACCUUGCCUAAGGACAUUGUGCAACUUCGGAAAUUGCGAUAUCUAAAUGUAGAUAUGAUUCCAGAGGAAGCAGAUAAGAGGGUUGUGUUUUUCAGUGGAAUCAGGGUGCCUACUGGAAUAGUACAGUUGACAAGCUUGCAAACGCUGCAAAUGGUUGAUGCAAAUAGCGAAAUUCUACGCCAUAUUGGAUCAUUGACACAAUUGAGGGCUUUCGCUGUUAGCAAAGUUAGAAAGGAACAUUGUGUCUAUUUGUGCAAUGCUAUCAUGAAAAUGAGUCAUCUUUUUCAACUAAAAAUCAAGGGAAUAGAUGAGAAGGAAAUCUUACAGCUUGAAGAACUUCAUAUGCCUCCUGCUCUUUCAACGCUCUCAUUAGGAGGACAGCUAAGUGCAAAUUCAUUGCCUCAUCUUGUCGUCUUGUCAAAUAAGAGUAGCUGUAACAUCACUAGGUUAAGCCUCGCCUUUUCCAAACUCAGUGAGGACUCAUUUAGCUGUUUACUGAACUUGGAUAGUUUGUGCGAACUUCAUCUCUUGAAAGCUUAUGAAGGAAACAGGCUAUACUUCCAUGCAACAUCGUUUCCAAAACUCAAGCGCUUAUUAAUAUGGGAUGCUCCCUGUCUGAACAAAGUUGAGAUUGAACAAGGUGCAAUGCCAAGACUGGUUAAGUUAAUUCUAAGAGACCUUCCAAAAUUGAAGACGCUUCCUCAUGGCAUUGAGCAUCUUAGAGUACUUGAGGAGUUAGAGGUCCGAGAUACUUCGGAGGAGCUUAUAGAGAAGCUUCGGCAAAAAGGACAAGACAUUGGAUGCAAAGCUCAUAAGAGUAUCGGCCAUAUCAAAAGGAUCAGUAUUCAUGGGACACGAUAGAAUGUCAAGGAAAGUAUUGGAAGACUGCAGAUCAGCAGCUAACAAGUUACAUCAUGCUGUAAUUUUUGGGUCGCCACAAAAAACCUUUGGAUUACACCAAAACAUCAUUACCCUUGUAAUCUAUUUUUUCGUAUUAUGCAAACUAACAGAUUACCAGUGUCAUGUAGAUGGUUGCAGUGACCAGAACAACAGGCGCACUAGAUGCAACCAUCAUUGAUCACGGCAAUGAGGGGAAAUAAACAUGUUUGCACUAGUGAA